UCGUUCUUUGAUGGCAACAUGAGUUUAUGGAAAGUCGAUCUGUCGCUUUCCCUCACCAUGUUGACCUUCCUUAUAGCUUAGUGACAACAUCAUCGUGAAUUAUUUUCUUUGUAUAUAUUAAGGAAGUAUACAAUUAACAAAAUAUCAACAGGUGAAGACGAUUAAUUCAGCCAAGAAUCGGCGACGAGUUCAAGUCAGGAGCAACACAACAACAACACAAGAACACAACGUUAAACAGAUCGCAGCAAAAGUAACGUAUCAUACAGCGGAAUUUUAAAGACGAAUAACUAAUUCUAUACGAAAUUAGCGGAUAUAUUUGUUAAUUAUACAACCAGGUAAAAUAUUUAUGAUUUAUUUUAACAGAAAUCCGCUUGGUUAUUGUUUGUUGGGGUGUUUCUAGAGCCCCAUUAAAGUUCGCCCAUAGAAGGUUGUGUGUGCAGAGCCUCACCAUGCCGUCUUUGCAGAAUGUCGGAGAUUUAAGCUUAUUGUUUUGAACCAUAUUUUCGUUAUUUUAGUUUUUCUACUUGACUCGAUAAAAACAUAAUCGAUCAAUUACGUUAAAUAACUAUAACAAGGAGUGUAAUUUGUUAAUUAAUCAAGAGUAAUACCGACCGAAACCGGCGUGUUUUUCCGCUUGGUUUUUGGUACACUCGAAGCCAAUAUGGCGGCUAAGGUAGAAACCAAUCAUUCCGAAAACGGACUGAGUUAUGAAGAAGUCAAUCAAAAGGAUAACAGCACUUACGCUCAAGCAGUUGCUAAUAGUAAAUUGCGAAGUAUCUCGGAAGGACAGAGUAGCCAGGAAUCAUCCGAUAAUAGAAAUGAUCCAUUGGAUUAUGCAUUGGCUAACCAUACGGAGACUAGUGUAGAAUCGGAAGAGGAGAAGAAUAAAAAAGAAUAUAUUGAUGCACCCCCACCUAAAGUCAACCCCUGGACUGUUAAUAAAAAUGCAGCUCUUGUAAUUAGUGGUAAGGCUAAUCACCAGAAAGGAUGCAAAGAACAGCAUGAAGAAAUAGCGACAGGAUCGCAAAUAAUGAAUUCUAUUCCACCAAAAGAGAAAAGACGACUUCCUCCUAGAACAAAUGAAAAUAGAGAUUUAAGUGAUUGGCCAACAUUAGGAGAAGUUCAUAUGAAUGAAAGGAGACAUUCACAAUCAAAUAGUCAAAUAAGCCAAAAUAACCAAUUAUCAAAUCAAGAGUUUCCUGGUCCAUCUCAAGCCAAAGCACCAUUAAAGUCUCAGAGUUCUCAAGACGAAGAUGAUUCUGCCAAAGAAAAUCGUGAAGCUUCCAUCCAAGUAAAUGAUACUGCCAAUGCCUCUAAAAAUAGCAAGAAAAAAGUAGGUACAAAACAAAAAUGGGUUCCUUUAGAUAUAGAACCAUCAAAAUCAGAAAGGAGAAAAUCUAAAAAUGGUGCAGAGAGAUCUCCUAGGUAUAAACGCGAAUCAGAAGAACAAAAGAAAGAGGGAAAGGAAAAGGCAGCAGCAGAAGGUGGAGCAAGUGGUAGUAAUGAUGCUUCUAAUAAGAAAGAUUCACAUCAAAACGAAGGCAGGAAAGGCAGAAGUUACAGAGGAGGCAGACGAGGAAGAGGACAAGGAAGAGGGACUUGGCCUUCAAGAAACAGGCCGUCUAUUCAAGAUGAAUUUACCGACGUGUCUUCCUUCUUUGUUGACUAUAGUAUAGAACCUUCAGCAGCCCCUACGACACCUUACAUUACUCCAUUCCUUGGAGGAGCAUUUUAUUAUAGUAAUUCAUAUGUUCAAUUGGAUGACGAAUCAUUAAAAACACGCAUACGUAAUCAAAUACAAUAUUACUUUUCUGAAGAAAAUUUACAAAGAGAUUUCUUCCUAAGAAGAAAAAUGGAUCAACAAGGAUAUCUUCCUCUUACACUUAUUGCUGGUUUUCAUAGAGUCCAAGCCUUAACUCAAGAUAUAAAUUUAGUGAUAGAGGCAUUGAAAGAUGCUCCUGCUAUUGAAUUGAAGGAUAAUUUGAAGAUACGUACACGCAAUAAUCCAGAGUUUUGGCCAAUUGAGAGUCAAGUAACAACAGAACUUCAUCCUGAUGUUCCAGCUUUUGUUCCUGGGCAGCCAUAUCCUUAUACUGAUUUCUUUUUUCAAGGUGCAUCUAUGUCUGAUAUGUACUUUGAAUCAUUUGGGAAUGAUAAACUAAAACAGCAAUUACACGGAUCGAAUGAUUAUUCAUCUUGUAUGGAUGGAGAUGCUGGAACCGACGCUGAUACUGAACAGGAACCAGAAGGCAAGGAGCAGGAUGGAAAAGAUUUCUGUGAUUAUACAGAAAAAGAAAAAACAGUUAAUACAAGUGAUCAGCCCAAAAAAGAACUAUUAAAUAAUGAAACUUCAAAUGAAAUAAUUAAUGAAGUUGAGAAACUAUCCAUAGGAGAGGAGUCUAAUGUGAUAACUUCGGGACCAUCUAGUGUAAACGAAAAUAAUCAAACCAAUAAUAAUGCUUUCGAAGAAGCUUGGAAACAAGUGAAACGACGUGCAAGAUCACAUUCAAAGCCAAAAGAAAAGAAAGAACAGCCAAAAACAAUGGAAAGCAAAGAAGAAUUAGAAUUCCAAUUUGAUGAAGAAAUGGAAAGUACACCACAUGGAAGGAAGAAUACAUUUACUGAUUGGUCAGAUGAUUCCGAUUAUGAAUUCAGUGAUCAUGAAGUGAAUAAAAUAAUUAUCGUAACUCAAACUAACCAUCCUAAGAAGCAUGAAGGCUAUGACAGAACUGGAGAUUGGAUAACCAGAGUUAAAAUGACUCAAGAUUUAGCAAAAGUCAUUAAUGAUGGACUACGUUACUAUGAACAAGAUUUAUGGGUUGAUGAUGAAUCAGAUCGACAGUACAAAUCAGUGGAGUUAAUAUCUCAGGAAAGAUUUCAGACAAUUGCUCCACCAACUCCAAUUAUUAAACAGACUGUGCCACCUCCUCCUCCUCCUCUUGAUACAGAGAUCGAUGUUGGACCAUUAUCGAGAUCGAUGCCAACCGACAUGCCAGAAUCAUCGCGAGAGCACCCUCGACAUCCUAAAGGUUCACGCACUCCUAGGGUUAGGAAAAAUUAUAUCGACGCACCCAGAUUUUAUCCUGUGGUGAAAGACAGUGGAUCUCCCGAGGACGAGGUAAACUUUGGAAUUAAGACUAAACAUGCUCAAGGUAUACCUAUAGAACAUCAUGUUGGUUGGGUUAUGGAUUCUAGAGAACAUUGGCCACGAUCACGUACCGGAUCUCUUAGUGAAGGAACUCCAACAGAAUCUAUAUUAUCAACUAGUUACGGAAGUACACCACAGUCUUUACCAGCAUUUGAGCAUCCAAGUCAUUCUUUACUCAAAGAAAAUGGUUUUACUCAACAAGUGUAUCAUAAGUAUCGUUCUCGUUGUCUAAAAGAAAGGAAGCGUGUUGGCAUCGGACAGUCACCCGAAAUGAACACGCUCUUCCGUUUCUGGUCAUUUUUUCUAAGGGAGCACUUUAAUCGUAAAAUGUACGAAGAAUUUAAAAAAUUAGCUUUAGAAGAUGCGAGUGUAGGUUAUAGGUAUGGACUGGAAUGCUUAUUUCGGUUUUACAGUUAUGGUCUUGAAAAACAUUUUAGGCAAGAUAUAUUUCAAGACUUUCAAGUUGAAACUAUGAAAGAUACAGAAAAUGGUCAUUUAUAUGGUUUAGAAAAAUUCUGGGCAUUCCUAAAGUACUAUAAACACUCCAAAAAGCUCAAAGUAGAUCCCGUUUUAAUGGCAAAAUUAGACAACUACAAAACAGUGGAAGAUUUUCGUAUAGAAGUAAGUUAAUUUGUCAAGUUCCAU